AGAAUAUAUCGAUUCUUUGAAGUUAUCAAAUGGAUUACAUUUUGCUGUUGGUUUCUGUGUAAUAGCUAAAAACUUUAGAUAUUAUGAAAAUAUAACUUUCUGAGAUUGUUUAUAUUGAAAUGAAUAUUAUUUUGAGAAAUACUUAUCCUAAAACAAAAACCCAUAGCGGUACAGUAAUUUUUUUACAUGGUUCAGGAGAUACUGGUUCAAAUCUUGCGGAAUGGGUGCGCUUCUUACUAGGACAUGAUAUGGAGUUUGAACAUAUCAAAAUAAUAUAUCCUACAGCGCCGGUGCAAUCGUAUACUCCUUUAUCAGGAGAACUUUCCAACGUUUGGUUUGAUCGUCGUUCUAUUUCGGUUAAGGCUCCAGAAAAUAGAAAGAGUUUGUCGAAAAUGUAUGAAACAAUUAACAAUCUCAUUCAAAAUGAAGUGGAUCUUGGUAUAGCUCCUAGCAGAAUUAUUGUUGGCGGCUUUUCUAUGGGAGGUGCGUUAGCCUUACAUACCGGUUAUCAUUUACGUAAUGAUUUAGGAGGCGUAUUUGCUUGUUCCUCUUUUUUGAACCGUGAUUCAAUAGUAUACGAAUCGCUAGGGCAAAGGUUAGCUAGUGAUAGUAAUUUUUCCGAGUUGCGGAUGUAUCAUGGUGCUAGAGACACGCUUGUUCCUUUGGAUUGGGGAAAAGAAACAUAUGAAAAACUAUCGAAACUUGGUGUGAAUGGAAAUUUUACUACCCUUGAUAACGCCUUGCAUGAACUAAAAAAACAGCAAAUUUUGGAUAUUCGCGACUGGAUUUUAAAAAAAGUGCCAACAUUAGCUGAAAUUCAAAAUAAGCUGUAGGCAUAUUAUUCCAUGUUGUAGUUUAAAAACAAGGUUUAAAAUUUGUUAUUGUUUUAUUUAAAUAUAUACACAUAUACAUUUGUAAAAUUA